UCGAGUUUCGAGAGACUCUAUAAUAAUAAAGACUUCAAUGACUGUCGCUUUAUUGUGGGCACAAAACACAUCUUUGCCUCAAAAGCUGUUCUCAGUUCGCAUUCAGAGGUUUUCCAACAAAUGUUUUCGACGGAUAUGUCUGAGAAGGAGUCAAACGAAGUGAUCAUUGAUGACAUCGAGUGCGAGAAAUCAGACAAAUUGGAAGAAAUGGCGGAACAACUGCUGUAUGUGUCCGACAAAUACAUGGUUUCCGAUCUGAAGAAGAUUUGCAUGAAUUUGGUUUUCAUGAAAAUCAAUAAACGAAAUGCUUUUAAAGUGUUGAAAGCUAUGGACAAAUAUGGGAGCGAAGAGUUGAGGGCAAAGACUAUUGAGUUCAUUGAGGAGAAUAUGAGCCAAACUCUUGAGGAGGAAUGGGUCAACAUUUUAGGCAAUGAUCGGCCGCUCAUUGAUGUCCUCGUGUUUGCCCUCAAGAAUAACUGGAGACCUAAAAUGCCCACAAAGACUAUGACUUAUACUUAUUCCUAUAUUGGGUCCCAGGAAAUACUUGAGGCCCAGUCCUCUAAUGUCGAGUCGAGAAGUCAUUUCAGUCAUCAUUUGGCACAAUAUGUCCGUUUUUUGCUAAUCUAU